AUGGCCAAGAUCCGCUAUGCGCUUCGCGGCUCUGCCACGGUGCUCAUGGGCAAGAACACGAUGAUCCGCAAGAUCAUCAGCGUCUUCCUCAAGGACAACCCGGGCCACCCCCUGGAGCUGAUCCUCCCCCGCGUGGUGGGCAACGUGGGCUUCAUCUUCACCAACGGUGAGCUCGGUGACAUCCGCGACGUCAUCGAGGCCCACCGCGUGCCCGCCCCGGCCCGAGUGGGCUCCAUCGCGCCCAUCGACGUUAUGGUGCCCCCCGGCCCCACCGGCUGCGACCCCGGACAGACGUCUUUCUUCCAAGUGCUCCAGGUGCCCACGAAGAUUACCAAGGGUCAGAUCGAGAUCACCACUCAGGUGUUCCUCGUGCCCAAGGGCCAGAAGGUCGGCAGCUCCGAAGCGGCCCUGCUGCAGAAGCUGAGCAUCCGCCCCUUCACGUACGGCCUGGUGAUCGACUGCGUCUACGACAACGGUUCGGUGUUCGACGCCGCCGUGCUGGACCUUACGGACGAGGACAUGGGCAACAAGUUCGCCGCGGCCUGCGGCAACGUGGCGGCUGUCUCCCUGGAGCUCGGCUUCCCUACCCUGGCGUCCCUGCCCCACUCGAUCGCCAACGCGUUCCGCGCGCUGGUGGGCGUCGUGAUCGAGGGCUGCGACACUUACUCGUUCGAUCAGGCCGACACGAUCAAGGCUAUCCUCGCCGACCCGAGCGCCUUCGCGGCCAGCUCUGGCGGCGGUGGCGGCGGCGACGCGCCGGCCGCCGCUGCUCCCGUGGAAGAGGAGGAGGAGGAGGAGAUCGACAUGGGCGGUGGCAUGAGCAUGUUCGGCGCCGAGGAGGGCGGAGGGGACUACUAAGCCCGGACCCCUGCAAGCGGAACCGGUCUGUUGAUGCCGGGAAGAGGUGUCGAGGGCACACGAGCAGCAACAAGCGGGUGUUGAAAGUCUGUCGUUCGUUCUUGUUGCGGUGCGACGAGGGCACUUUUUGAAUUAAAAAUCGUUGAAAAACGAAAAAAAAAACUGUCUUCCAUCGG